ACACAUACUUAAUUUACUUUCUAUUUCUUUUCCUGGUCAAGCUGAGUCAAAAAAACAUUAAAGCAAAACAGGAAAUUAUCGUUAAUUUUUGCCGUUUUGACACAAAAGUGGGAAUGGUGGUUAUGAAGAAAACCGGAAAUGCCCUCAAAUACAAACCACAAACAUCCCUUUAUAUUCAUGGCGUCUUUUCAACGGUGCGAGUAAAAACGUUUAAACAUUUAUUAUGACAAUUUAGCCUGUAAUUAGUUAACUUUCGGUAGACUUGAAGAAUUACCGUACAAAAACAGAGCUCGGCGUCCUCCUGUUGACUCGUCAGCGCCCCCUGCGUUUAGUCCUCGGCGCGCACCGCCGGCACAGGUUGCGGGGGGCGGAGUCAAACAACUGGAUACCCUGGAGUGUCUCGUGGCGGCGACCAUGCAGGUCGGGAUACACGUUGAGAGAACACUAGCGUACCUCUUUCUUCCUCCCAAGGCUAACGGGAUUUCUGUAGGCGCGGUGGAAAAACAGCCGGAAAAAGACACAAAACUGCACGAUUUGUGUUCCCUUUUCCUCUCCUUUUUUAAUUACUUGGCUACCAGAGGAGGAAAGCAAGGGCGCAAAAGAAUCUGAAGGAAACUUGCUAGCAAACGCCAGAAGUCCCACCAGCGUGUGUGUUCGGGGGGGAAAAUGAGUCAUUUGGUGGCCGUGCAGAUGUCAGCCCCACACAGUUAAAUGUUACAACUACUUGAGCACAUAUUGCUUGGAUGGUCGAAGAGGAAAAAGAGGAAAGAGGGUUCACCAAGGUGCCUGAAAUGUCUCUGUGGGUGAUCCUGCCUGUUAGCCUCCCAGCAUUGACCAUCACUGGGAUCUGGCUUGUGUAUGCCAUGGCCCUGUACAACCAGCAUGUCUGCCCUGUGGAUAACUGGUUGUACAACCAGUCGUGUGAAGAGGAACUGUAUUUGCAGAGUGGGCCAACGUUGUGCUGCACGCUUGACAACAUACCUCUCAUCAGUAAAUGUGGGACGCUUCCGCCCGAGAGCUGCUUCUUCAGCCUCAUCUGCAGCACAGGCUCAUUCAUGGUCAUGGUGAUCGUGCUGCUCCGCUAUGCCCACGUCAUCGAGAAACACCAAAACUGUGUCCUCAACACGGCGAGUCUCUCCACAGGCUGGAUCUGUGCCGCUGGGCUUAUUAUGGUGGGCAACUUCCAGGUGGACAAUGCCAAAAUCCUCCACUAUGUCGGAGCGUGCAUCGCCUUCCCCACCAGCAUGCUGUUUGUGUCCCUGCAGUCGGCGCUGACUUAUCGCCUGGCCAAGACCCAGGGCGAGUACAACGUGGCCCACCUCCGGCUCUGCAUGACCCUACUUGCCUUCGUUGCCUUGGUGCUCAGCGGCGUCUUUUUCUGUCAGGAGAGCUAUGUCCUGCAGCACACGUCCGCCAUCUUUGAAUGGGUCUUCUGCGUCAUCACCAUGCUCUUCUACGGCACCUUCGCCUUCGAGUUUGUGGGCAUGUCAGGCGCCACCAUGGUGGUGCUGGCCAGAGGAGGAGGAGGCUCCCUGGGGCGGGAACACAAGGUGGAGGCACUGGGAACACUGGGAGGUCCGAGUCCACACUCGCAACCACACUCACACCCCACGGAAAAUAUGUCCAUGCUCUAGCCGGCCACACACACACACACACACACACACACACACACACACACACACACACACAUGAUAACCCUUCCUCAAGCUCGGCUUGUCAAACGAGUUGAAUAAUUCAUCUCGUGAAGCUCUGAACUCCAGCAGACUUGAGCGGACGCUGCGGUCCAAACCCUAGCAAAAGAGCUCAUCCUCUCAUUACUGUACAUUGACGCUUUUUAUUUCUUGUCUCCAAGAAGCUAACUGCAUUUUGCACAAGUGUGAAACCAAAUUUGCCAGCCCGCCAUCCAGCCAGCCCUGCCUUCAGUGAUCACCGUAGGUCCAUCAGAUGAAGAAAAAACUGUGCUCACCCUUCUACUGUCUCAACAAGUGACCUUGGAUGAGUUACUCUUCAGGUGAUUGCCUUUUCAUUUGGUGAGUGCGCUUGUGGCUAAAAAAAAGAA